AUGGAGAAAUGGAAUUCUAUCACACUCGAAAUCGUCUACUAUGUUUUGGGUUGGAUUAGUUUCUUCUCCUGGACUUUUGGUUUCUACCCACAAAUUAUUCUUAAUUACAGAAGAAAAAGCGUUGUGGGGCUUAAUUUCAAUUACUUGGUUUUAAAUUUGACUAAGCAGUCGUCUUAUCUCAUCUACAACGCUUCUCUCUUUAUUAGUCCUGCUGUUCAGAAACAAUACCACGACAAAUAUGGAUUUGGAGAGAUGAUACCUGUAGCUGCCAGCGAUGUAGCUUUCUCUACUCAUUCUAUUCUGUUGACAUCAUUUGCCUUGUGCCAAGUUCUUGUCUACGAACGUGGAAGUCAGAAGGUCUCCAGACUUACAAUUGGAAUCACUGCAGCAGUGUGGGUUACUGUUCUUGUUUGUCUGUUCAUAGCUUGGCCUCACCAAUCUUGGCUAUGGCUGCUAUCUGUCCUCAACACAAUACAAGUCACCUUGGCGGUCAUCAAAUACAUUCCCCAGGCACUCUUGAACUUCACGCGAAAGAGCACCGAAGGAUUAGCCAUUGGGAUCAUUUUACUUGAUUUUCUUGGAGGUGUAACAAACUCUACGCAAAUGAUCACACAGUCUAUAGACCAAGGAUCUUUUGAGAACUUUCGUGGGAAUUCGGGGAAGAUCCUGCUUUGUUUGAUACCGAACAUUCUGCCUCUUAUGAUUUUCAGUUAACAUGUUGAUGAUAAAUUUAGUGUUUUGCUGGAGAGAGGGAUAAUUUUUGCAGCAUGAUCAUUUUAUUCAAGUAUAUGUUAUUCAUCCCUCUGAUUUUGCAAAUGUGGAACUAGCCCGUAUAUAAGAUUUGUUCUUGAGAGUUAAAACCGAAAAUCUUUUUGCAGGUAACCAUCGUGUAUGACCUCGUCGUCUUCUUCCAGCAUUAUGCGCUGUAUCGUUCCAAGAACGGGAAGAUAUCAUCAUUUUCGGAUGAGUCACACAAUGGAAGUACAGCUCCACUGAUUAGAUCGUCUGACUCGUGCCAACAAGAUAACGUGUAAAUUCUUGCAUUUGUAUAUGUUUCCUCUUUCAAGGAAUACCCUGUUGAAGUAUACUUCCA